AUGUUAGAAAAGCGUAAUGAUAAGGUCCAGCGAGCGUGUCAUGGUAGGAGCGUUUUGGAUUGGCUGCCAAAGCCUUGCCGAGUGAUUCGAUGCGAUCAUUCCCAGGAAAUCAUAUAUAAACAGAGACGUUCUGGUGCUACGGUGGAUGUCGUACAGCAUAACGCAGUACAUGAAGAUGUUAGUUCUUCAUCUUGUCAAUCGCCUAAUUCAUCGACGGUCUCACGUUCGAACGAUAUUGGGACGGGUCACAAAUACAAGUCGGAAGAACUGAGAUUAUUCAGUCAUAAGUGCAUCAUGUCAUACACUGUGAAAUCAAAUCGGAGAAAGUUCUGGUAUUGCGCUCACGAUCCUUUACUGGUCCCGCGACUUCUACGUAAGAGGGGCGCCCCUGUAAUCCUGAUGGAACACAAUAUCUUCCGUAUAUGUGAGCCUUCCAACCGGAGUAAGGAGCGUCAUGAAUACCUUGAAGCUGCCAAAUCUGACGUGCCGGACUGGGAAAAGUCGGCUAUGAAUGUUGGUAAAGUUGUUGAAACCGUCGGAGCACGGAAGGUUAAAAAAAGACGGAGAGCGGACGCGCCAGAUACCAAAUCCGAGGAGCUCACAAGCUUGGAGCCAUCUAAGAAAAGAUCACGGUCAAAAUCUAGACGAGUGAAGAAACCUACGGAUUAG